CGUCUACUUGAGUUUUCACCUCAGCUACUCUCCAUAAACCUAUCACCACCUUCUCUCUUCUGCGACCAUUUUCUCCUUCUCUCUGUGCUUCCCGCCUUCAAGUUCGUGCAAUGGCUGACUCCGCCUCUGUCCCCUUCAAGAAAAUCCAAAUCCAGAGAGACGAUACUACUUUUGAUGCAUACGUGGUGGGCAAAGAAGAUGCUCCUGGGAUUGUUGUGCUUCAAGAGUGGUGGGGUGUGGAUUUUGAGAUCAAGAACCAUGCUGUGAAAAUAUCCCAACUAGACCCUGGAUUUAAGGCUCUUAUCCCUGAUUUGUAUCGAGGAAAGGUAGGCUUGGAUGUUGCUGAAGCUCAACAUUUGAUGGAAGGUCUUGACUGGCAAGGCGCUGUUAAGGAUAUCCGUGCUUCAGUUAAUUGGCUCAAGGCUAAUGGUUCAAAGAAGGUAGGAGUUACUGGAUUUUGCAUGGGAGGUGCUCUUUCAAUUGCAAGUUCUGUUUUGGUCCCAGAGAUUGAUGCUGUUGUCGCAUUUUAUGGUGUUCCUUCAUCAGAGCUUGCAGACCCUGCGCAGGCUAAGGCACCUGUUCAGGCUCACUUUGGAGAGCUCGAUAACUUUGUUGGUUUUUCAGAUGUGACAGCUGCUAAGGCUUUAGACGAAAAGCUGAAGGCAUCAGGAAUUCCUUGUGAGGUACACAUUUAUCCUGGCAAUGCACACGCUUUCAUGAACAGGUCUAAAGAAGGCAUUGAGAGGGGAAAGAGCAUGGGAAUGCCUGAUGGGGAUGAAGCAGCAGUUGAGCUAGCAUGGUCUCGCUUUAAAAGCUGGAUGACUCGCUACUUAUCUGCAUAAAUGAUUGGCAACGACAUGAUGCAGGGUCUGGUGAA